CCAGAUGAGAUUGGAGUGUGAAACAAUGUGCGGAGGAGCAGUGCGGGGAGGAAACCUCAGCGCUGUGGUCCUGCCCUCCUGCUGCCAGACUAUAAAACUCAAGUUCUCCUGGAGUCGGUCCACUCCACACAGACAAGAUGCACUCCUCUUGCUGCCCUUCUGCCACGCCACACACACUGAAGGUGUUGUGUGUUCGGAUGUGUAUGUUCUACUCCACCAUGUGUCUGGCAGGCUGGCCGCUGUCCUCAGAGGCAGCCAGACUCCGCUGUGGGACUGAUCUCCUCAGUGAUCUCAUAUUUGUGUGUGGGGAUCGUGGAAUCUAUUUAGGUAAAGGUUCGUGGUCUGGUUACGGUUCUCGGCCCAGAGGGAAAGGGAUAGUGGACCAGUGCUGUCGGCCGUCUGGUUGUGAACUUCAGCAUCUGGAGAUGUACUGUGCCAAACCAAAGAGCCAGCAGCAAACCACAGCUUACCCAACAACAACAACCACCCCCACCACAGCACCUCAGACCACAGCACAGCUAGACACGGCUCAGCAGUUCCAAGCACUGUUUCAGAAAAGACUUUCUGAGCACAUGGGGGCCCCCGACAGUCCAAAGAGGGACGCUUACAGAAAGAAGACUGAGCCUUCCCUCCGACAGCAAAGCAAAGUUUCACCGUCACGCAAGAGGAUUAAAUCACGGAACCCAACCAACAUGCCACCGUUAACCUCCGGGAGUUCCCUUCAAACAAUGAUGACACAUGAAUCAUGACCUUUGACCUCAUUAAAAAAAAACAAAAAAAAAAAACCUGAGACUGAUGCAGA